GUAAUAAAAAAAAGAACCAUCCUUUUCAACUUAGGCACAGACCCUCUUUCACUUUACCAACUCUUCCUCAUCCUCCUGAAGCUCCAAGAAGCAGUCAUGGAGAUGGGAUUGCUCUAUCAACGACACAGAAGCAACUAGCAAGCUGGCUAGCUGUUCAUCGAUCAUUUUCUUGGUGAUGGGGUUGAAUUUGAAAGAACUUGCCAUCUUAACAAAGUUAUCAUAAAGUGAGGCCUCUUUCAGGUCGUUGUGUACGGAUUGGCUUUUUACAGGUAUGGAUUUUGACGAUGGAGCUGCGAAGGAAGAAUAUGAAGUUGGUAUAAAAAUGUCAGAUGGGUUUUCUAUUUCUGGAGCUACCUUGGCUUCUAUGGAGUCUCUGUCUCAUCCAAUAGUUCAGAAGGUGGUUGUUUUUGCUGAUAUGCAAUGUAAGAAUUGCCAGAAGAGAGUUUCUGACAUUAUCACCAAAAUGAACGGUAUUGUGAUUCAAUUGGAUCAAAAUACAUUGAGCAUAUAAGGUGAAAUACCUUGCCCUAAUUUAUUUGUUAAGUGACCAUUUCAAAGAAACUUCUUUUUUUUUUUUUUGGAGUAUUAUGGGUAAGAAUAUCUUGAAACAGGCUAAAGAGGAAGAGAAGUAGGGAAGAGUUUAGACCAUGUGAUCCUUGAUACUUGCCACCAUUAAAUAGGCUGGCAAUGACAAAAUGUUUUGGAAUAUAUAAGCUGUUAAUUUAUGAUUAUCACUGUAAUUAUUACCUUUUGAUUCAGAUAUUCUCUUGUCUUUUAACUCAUUUUCCCAAAUAUGCCAAAAAGUUAAAAAAAAAAAAAAAGUUCCUUUGUCACCUUCUGAUGACUUUGAGCCUUCUCUUAGUUUACAAGCUGGCUCAGCAUCUUAUUUGUUCUAUAAAACCACAAGACAGAACCACUGCUGUCAAAAAGUUUGUUUUUAUUCACUAAAGAAAGACCUUUUAUUUUCUUUUUUUUCUUGAAAGAUUUGGAGUUAGUUUUGUUAAUUAGCUUUACCUCUGAGAAUAAUUAAAAUUUUAAUUAUAAAUUAUUUCUUAUAAAUAGACUUAAAAGGUAGUAACUUAUAUCAAUGAUUAAUUAACUUGCUAGCUAUUUAAAAAUGUAAACAUGGAUAACUGGAUAAAUUCUUUUUUUUUUUAAGCCAGGUUACAUUGUAAAUUUUUAUUUUAAUGUCUCAAAAAUUUCCGAAUGAAAGGAUGUCAUUUUGGGUUUGGCAUGAUUGAUUACAUUUCUAUAGUUCAAAUAUUUUUCCAAUUAAAUUACAGUAACUAGCUUAUAAAUUUAAAAAUAAGUUAAAACAAUAGGUAGUGAGAUCACAAACGAUGUGAAAAAUAAUAUAUAUAUAUAUAUAUAUAUAUACUUAUUCCAAAAAGAAGAAGUAUCUUAGGCAUAUGAUUUUUUUUGUCUAAAAAAAUAUACCCCUUUUGCUAAAAAAUAUAAGAUAUUUUUUAAAAAAUUAAAUAUUAAAAAAUGUAAAGCAUUUUUAUUCUUUUAAGGUGAAAUUAUUAUUCUUUUUUCAAAAAUACCUCUAUUAGUUAGUGAUUUUAUAUUUAUUGCAAGGUGUUUCAUAGGGAUAAAUAUGAAAAAAUAAUGUUAGUUAAAAAGUAAGUAAUUACUUUAUUGAGAGGUGAAAUUCAGUUAAAAAUAUCUUAUAUUUUUGUAAAUACCCAAGUUUGGUUGGUUUUGUGGCUUAGGGUGAUUACAUUUUUUUAAUAAUAAUCUUGAUAACAUAAGCAAUAAAAACUUUUUUUAAGAAGUCAACUAAUAUAAAAAUUCAGUAGAGCUCAAGCAUCUAAAUUCUAAAUCACUACUUCAAUAUUUUAUUUUAUUUUAAAAAAAAAAAUUAUACUCAUGACUCCUAGGACGAGCAUAGGAUGGUCGUCUCUUAAUUUCUAUCAAUCCAUAUUUUAUAUUAUUUCAUGCUUACUUUU